AUGGCAACUGAUCGUGUCAAAGCCUCCGUCCUCCACGGUGAGAAGGACCUAAGACUGGAAGAGCGUGAACUCCCCAAGCCUUCCAGCAACGAAGUUCAAGUGGCUGUCCAAUCCACUGGUCUUUGCGGCUCAGAUCUUCACUACUACAACCACUUUCGCAACGGCGACAUCAUCGUGCGAGAGCCUCUGACUCUAGGUCAUGAGUCGGCAGGCACAGUCGUAGCCGUUGGUUCAGAAGUCGCACACCUCAAACCUGGUGACCAUGUUGCCCUCGAAGUUGGUCUUCCUUGCGAGACCUGCGAGCUCUGUGGUGAGGGCCGCUACAACAUCUGUCGCGGUAUGAAGUUCCGAAGCUCAGCAAAGGCCAAUCCUCAUGCCCAAGGAACGCUACAGGAGCGAAUUAACCACCCUGCCAAAUGGUGUCACAAGAUGCCCGAACAUGUCACCCUUGAUCUCGGUGCUCUUGUUGAGCCUCUAUCCGUAGCCAUGCACGCUCGAGACCGCGCCUCCCUCCCUAAAGGCUCAACAGUUCUGGUUCUUGGCGCCGGAACCGUUGGGCUUCUAGCAGCCGCUGUCGCCAAGGCCGACCAGGCAAAGACAGUCAUAAUCGCCGACAUUCUCAAGGACCGCCUGGAUUUUGCCACAAGCAAUGGCUUUGCCGAUGCCUCAGUAGUUGUUCCCAUGGAACGCCCGCAAACUAUUGAGGACAAGCUGGCUUUCGCUCAAAGGGUUGCUGCCAUGGUCAAGGAGACUCAAAUCGAUGGAGAGGCUGUUGGCGAGGUUACAGCUGUCUACGAAUGCACAGGUGUCGAAACUUGCGUUCAAACCGCCAUCUACGCUACCAAGCCUGGAGGCAAAGUCAUGAUUAUCGGUAUGGGCACUCCCGUGCUCACCAUCCCCAUGUCAGCUGCUGCCCUUCGCGAAGUAGACAUCGUGGGUGUCUUCCGCUAUGCCAACACAUAUAAGGAGAUCAUUGAGCUCCUCUCCAACCCCCCUGCGAACAUGCCCGAUGUUAGCCGUCUAGUCACUCAAAGGUAUAGCGGCAUGGACAAGAUCGAGGAAGCUUUCAAAAUGGCGGGGAAGGUGAGGGACGAACAAGGCAACCUUGUCAUCAAGGUUGUAGUGGACUUUAGCAAAAAAUGA